AUGGGCGUCUUCAAAUUCCUAACUAUAGCCUGCCUAGCUACCCUCAUUCCGAACGCCUCGGCACUUCUCGCGUUUCCUGGGGCUGAGGGGUUUGGUCGAAACGCGGUUGGUGGUAGGACGGGGUCGGUUUACCAUGUCACGAACUUGAACGACUCUGGGGAAGGAUCCUUCCGUGACGCUGUGUCGAAGUCAAAUCGCAUUGUCGUCUUCGACGUUGGCGGAACCAUUAAAAUCACUAAGCGGGUUGUAGUUUCGAAGAAUAUUUAUAUUGCUGGUCAGACAGCUCCAGGCAAUGGGAUCACAAUCUAUGGCAAUGGCCUAUCGUUCUCCAAUGCUAACGACGCCAUCGUGCGUUAUAUCCGAUUUCGUAUGGGUAAAAGCGGUGAUUCUGGCAAAGACGGGAUUACUAUUGCUGAUGGCAGUAACAUGAUCUUCGACCAUGUGUCGGCCACCUGGGGUCGAGACGAGACUUUUUCUAUCAACGGAGCCGUUCACAACGUAACGGUACAGAACACGAUCAUCGGCCAGGGCCUGCAGACCCACUCAUGCGGUGGACUGAUGCAGUCGGACUUUGGUAUUAGUCUCUUCAGGAACCUGUACAUCGACAACAAGACGAGAAACCCCAAGGUCAAGGGUAUGAACGACUUUCAGAACAAUGUCAUUUACAACUGGGGAGGGGGUGGUGCUUACAUCGCUGGCGACAGUGACGGUCAGAGCUAUGCCAACAUCAUCAACAACUAUUUUAUCUCUGGGCCCAGCACGAGCGUAACCGCAUUCACGCGAGGAAAUGCUAAUUUCCACGGUUAUGUAUCGGAGAAUUACUACGACAGCAAUAAAGACGGGACGCUCAAUGGGUCUCCCCUCUGCGUCCAGACCAGCUGUUACAGCGACAUGGAUAUCCAGAAGACGCAGUUCGACUAUCCAGGCCCAAAACGUCUAAUGGCGGCGCCCGAUGCGCUGACCUACGUCCUCAGCAACGUCGGUGCUAAUUUCCCUGGACGCGAUGAAAUCGACAAAGGUCUCGUAACGGAAGUGCAGAGCUUUGGAAAGAAGGGCGAGCUGAUUAGCGCAGAGAACGCGGGCUCUUUAGAUAACUCGAAAGGAAACGCGCCUACGGACACGGAUGGAGACGGGAUUCCGGACGCGUACGAGAAUGCACAUGGGUUGAAUUCUCGGGAUGCAAGCGACGCGAUGAAGAUUAGUAGUUCUGGAUAUACGAAUAUUGAAGUAUAUCUUAACUCUCUCGUCCCCUCUUCAUAA